AUGAAUUCUACAACUAAAAUCUACACUGUUAUGUGUACAUGUUCAUCAUGUACCAAAAAUGCAAUUGGUAGAAUUUUGCAAAAUGCACAGAUCUUUAAGCGUCAUAACAAUGCUGAUAAGUUAUUAGACAUUAGCCUAAAAAAUCGAGUUAAUACAGAAGUUGUCAAAGAAAAGAUAGACGUUGAGAUAGGAGAUGUAUCUGAUACAUCAAUUGACUAUGAAGACGAUUAUUCUAUUAUAUCAGCCAAAACUACUGUACAGAGUGUAUCUUUUUUGAGAGAAGACAAGAUUUUUCAAUUCAAAGAGUCUGAUGUUGAGGCAACAUCAUUGGUUUCUGAUAAUGACAAUCCUAAUUCAAGUGAUGAGUCUGAAGAUGAGAGCAAAGUUGAGGUUGCCAGUGUUGAAAAUUUGGAAGACAUGGUUGCUUCCACUCUAUUUGGCAUUAUCUUUCAGGCGUUUUACUUGGUCCAAGCAGGUGGAACUGCUAUGCUGAAAUUCUUCCGCCAUCUUCUUGUUGCCUUUGAGAAGGAUACUGAUCUCCCGCUCACUGUUGCUGUGCAAUCACCAACCAAAUUUCACAUUCAAAAAUACACAACUACACCACCAGCAUACUGCGGAAAUCCUCUUUUCUUUGACCCAGAAGUUGAUCAGCCUAUCUCUCUCAUGGUUUUCCCGUAUAACUCCCUCAAGAAUUCCAUUGCACAGCAUUUUGCCAAACCUGGGUUUGAGUGUCAAAUCGUUCAAUGGAGAUCAAGGGAGACAAUUAACAGUACCUUGUUGGACAUAUACGAUGGUGCAAUGUGGAGUGGGCUCCUUGACAAAGACAAUGAGCCUUUUUUCUCACAAAUCUUUGUUCCUAAUCUCAAAUCUUCAAUUCUUCCUCUUAAAAACUUCUUCAACUUCAACCACCACAACAAUCAUGAUCAUUCCUUGAUGCUGACAUUGAAUGUGGAUUGGUUUCAACCAUUUGAAGGCCGUACACAUGCAAGUAGGGCCUUGUAUCUGUCAAUGAACAACCUGCCCAGGGAAGAAAGAAUGAAGCCGAAGAACAUUAUCCUUGUUGGUGUCAUGCCUGACAAGCUGGUAGAGUUGUAUGGCGGUAUAACUGUAAAGACUGCCACAUUCCCCAAUGGUACUAUUGUCUGCGCUGCUCUUAUGUGCGUUGCUUGCGACAUACCUGCUGCAAGAAAAACUGCUGGAUUUACAGAGUAUCCAAGCACUAAUGACUGUCAUAAAUGCGAGCGUCACUUCUCUGUGAUUGCCGGAUCAAGUAAGAUCGAUUACUCUGGGUUUGAUAAUGAAAGCUGGGUGCCAAGAACAAAGGAGAUGAACGCCAUAUAUGCCAAUAUGUGGGCUUAUGCAGAAUCAAAUGCAGAAAGAGCAGAUUUGGAGAAUGUUUGGAAAGACCUUGGCUAUCUCCCUGCUGCUGUUCUUGUCCGCAUGCAAUGCCUUGCUGAUGGUAUUAUUGUUCCUCCUGGAUAUACCAUUUUGUCUGCAAAAAUCGAAUCGGGCUUCCCAUACAUGAAGGCAGACAAGUGGCAAUCGUGGUGUCUCAUAUAUUUGCUGGUAUUACUCAAAGACGCUUUGCCUGAAAAAGACUUCAAAAACUGGACUCUCUUUGUCAAGACAUGCCAAAAGUUGACCGGUCCAUCAGUCACAUAUUCAGAAAUUGACAGUGCAUACAAGCUCCUUGGAGAAUUUGGAAAAGAAUGCGAGAUUCUUUAUGGAAAGAGUAGCAUCACGCCAAAUAUGCAUUUGCAUAUGCACUUGCAUGAGUCGAUGCUUGACUUUGGUCCAGUGUAUGCAUUCUGGUUGUAUAGCUUUGAGAGAUACAACGGCAAGUUGAAGAACAUAAAGACGAACCGCCAAAAUGGUCUUGAUGUUACAUUUAUGAGAGUAUUCCUGGAAAAGGCAUUUAUCAGCACUUUCCUACAUGCAUAUUCCACCAACCUUUUGCCACCAAUGAUACAGUUUCUUGAGAGCAUUGCCCAAGUUACGUUGGUAUCUGCUCUCUCGCCCCUCCCUUGCCUGGAGAAUGGUCAUCCACCUGUACUGGCAUUCAACUUCCCAAUAUUUCUGCAAGCUGCCACAAAUCCAUGGUACAAUGUCACCAGAAGUGAGGCCUUGCCCCCAACCACUUUGCCAAUCAAGCUGCAGCCUUUGACUAUGAUGAAGAAUGAUGACUAUCAGUGGUUAUUUGAAUUCUAUGUCAAGGCUUACCAGAGUACAAGUGUUUCCUUCUGUGUGGUAGGGAGAAUCCCAAUUGAUGAGAAUGUAUUUGUGAACAAUCGGAUUCAAAAGGUGAAAAAGAUUUUGUUGCUGGGGCAAGAGUACUGCAGUGGUGAAAAGAAGAAGCAUGGGUCUUUUGUGAGGAUUGGUGGAGUCAAAAGAGUGUCAACGUUCACAUUCAUCAAAUGGUUUCCCGCCUACCAGUUUAGUCAUCACCAGCCGUUAGUUGAACAAGGCCUAGAGUUGUGGGAGAAGGGGUAUACUGGAAAACCACCUCUGAAUACACUAGUGCCAAAAUAA